GGCUCGGCGCCCAGGGCGAGACGCCCUGGCGCGGCGCCCGCGCGGCUGGGCCGGCGCGCGGAGGCGGGCGCCGAUCCGCUGGCGGCCUGGUGCGAGCUGGCUGCGGAUGCGAGCCGGCGCUUUCGCGAGCCGGUGGACGCGGAGCCCGUCCUCGAGCAGCUGAUGAGGGCCUUCCCAGGGUUACAGGGGCAGUGCGCGGAUCAUCUUAUGCGCGGCGAGCGGUGGCCAGCUAGGGAGGGGCGGCCGCGGCGCGACCUGCUGCCGCUUCCCUGCCCCGAUCUGGAAGUUGAGGACUUCGCUGGUGGUGGGGAUCUGUGCCCCGACGACCGGGGCGCCCUCCAGCCGCGGCUGCGCGUGGCGGUGAUGGCGCUGAACUGGGAGGUGAAGCCCAGCGCCGUGCAGUGGGCGGCGCUCCGGGGGCUCGCGAGGCGGCUGUGCGCUUCCCUCGCCUCCGAGCCGGCGAUCGACUGCGAGAUUGACUGGGCCGCGAAGCUGAAGGGCCGUCGGAUCUCCUACGACGGGUCCGAGGUGUCCACGCCGCACGGGCUGGCCUUGAAGCAGUGCGAGCUUCUGGCCGCGCGAGGCGCCCGCCCUCUCAACUUGGCGUGCGAGAAGGGCGCCGGGUUGAUUUCGGCUUUCUCGGGCAUCGACGGAGCCCGACGGGCGCUCGAGAUCCUUGUGCUCGUGCCCGCCUGCCGCCUGUCCUUCGAGACCGACGCCGGCGCGGUGCGGGCCGCCGGGCGCGCCUUCGCUGCAACCGCGCGCUCGGGCGACGCGCGCUUCGCUGAUCCGGUGGGCCUCGCCCGGCGUCUGCGCUCGCGUGGGGGGAUCGUGGGCGUGCUGGUUGUCGGCGGCUUCCCUUACCAGGGGCGCGCCGUCCUGAACGUCGAUCGCAAGGGGGGCGCCGGCCCGAGGUCGCAGAUGGUCGGCCACGUGAUGCGGAUGGCCGAGGUGCAGGCGGGCUUCCUCGGCGAGAACGCCCCUUCGAUGGCCGAGGCCGAGGCGUUGGAGCUGGGCCGCAUGUUCGGUUGCGUGCCCGUCAUGAUCGAGGCGGUGGACCUCGGCUGGGCGCGGAGGCAGCGGCGGUGCUGGGUGUCGUGGGACCUCCUCCCCACCUUCGAGGCGGAGAUGAGCGAAGCGCCCUCUUCAUGUGGGUCGAUGCGUCGCUUUUGUCAGGUCAAGCUCGCCGCGACGCUGCCGCCCGUCUCCGAGUGGCCCGCGGGGCUCAAGGCCUGCCUGGCUACGCAGCUCCGCCAUGCUGGUUCAGGGGCAGGGACUGCCUCCACUGGACAGACGGGCGGAUCGAGCCGCCGACUUGCGGGGGCCCGCGAGGUCUUGAUGGGCCUCCCGCGGGGGCGCGCGGCCCCCUGCGUGGCCAGCGCCCAGGUCAGGAGCGCGCCGGAGAAGUUCGUGGCGAUGCGGCAGUCGUUCCUCGGGAACUCGUUUCAGCGCGAGGUCGUGGCCUGGCUGCUAGCCCAAUGGGCGGCGCAGGCGGAGCUGCUGGUGGCGGUGCCGUCGCUUGCCGCGCUGCACGAGAGCUCUAGGGGCUGGGCUGGCGGCGAGCGGCUCUGGGCCGGCGACCUUGCCACGCUGCGCGGCGGCCGCGAGGCGGUGGCGGCCGAGACGGCAGAGCGGCUGCGCGCGGCUCGGACGGCCGAUGGCGAGCGCCUGCAGGGCAGCAGAGACUGCGCGCUCGUGCUAGAGAGCGCCCCGCAGGAUGGCGAGAAGCUAGUCUACGUGGGCCAGGCGCUGGGGGGGCUGCGCGGCGGCCGACUUCCAUGCCGCUGCGUGCCGACAGAGCCGCGCCGCGCUGGCGUGCUGCUGGCCGCGCUGGCCGAGCAGGGGGCUGGGGGGUGGCGCCCGUUCUCCAAUGAGCAGCGCGUGGUCGCCGGGCUCGUGGCGGCCUGCCAUCGCAAUGGAGCUGAUCUUCGCGUCGACACGAACUCAGAGAUUCUGGGCAAUACAUUUCCCAGGCAAGAGGUGGACGCUGGCAUCUGGUCGUGGAGGACUGCGAGGCAGUUGGUGUUGCAGGACUCCCAGCCCCAUAUCGACGUGCUCGA